ACGCGCUGCCGACGUCACAGUCACGUCGCAACGCACAGCAGGAAAUGUAGUUUUCGGCAGAUGCGUCUCGUCGUUGUGGCGGAGGUCAUGUUUCUCCAGAAUGAACCCGGUCCGCAAACGCCUCAAACUCAGCCCGUCCAAACCUGCUGUCAGCGCCAGGGCGCCACGUCCUCAGCUCCACUUCCAUGAUGCUUUGCUGCCGCCGCCUCCUGCUGCUCCUCCAGGGGGCGGAGCUGAGGAGGAUGAGGAGGGUUACCUGCUGGUGGAGGAAGACACCACCGACUCCAGCCUCAUCAUCACCAUGGAGGACAAUCAGGUGGAGGUGAAGGCAGCGAGGAGGAGAGCUAUGAGGAAGAGGAGGAGGAAAGUGACUGAAGAGGAAGAGGACGAGGGGGGCGGAGCCUCAGAGAGCGAGGACGAGGUGGCGGGCGUUGACAUGGAGAUUGACAGACAGCUGGACCAAUCAUUGGAGACAAAGUCCAAACAGCACAACCUGACCACGGUGAACGUCAGGAACAUCAUCCACGAAGUGAUCACCAACGAACACGUCGUGGCCAUGAUGAAAGCUGCCAUCAACGAGACAGAGGCCGUCCCUCCAUUUGAGCCAAAAAUGACCCGAUCCAAGUUUAAAGAAGUCGUGGAGAAAGGAGUGGUGAUUCCAGCCUGGAACAUUUCUCCCAUCAAGAAGACCAGUGAUGUCAACAAGCCUCCUCAGUUUGUGGACAUCCCUCUGGCUGAGGAAGACUCCUCUGAUGAAGAGUACCGUCCUGAUGAGGAAGAGGAGGACGAGACGGCUGAAGAUACGUUCCAGGAGAGCGACAUGGAGAGCACAGCCUCGUCCCCCAGAGGGAGUCGGCUGACCCGGGUGGAGGAGGACAGCUGCAGCCCCUGGCAGACUUCUCGUAGCCGCUCCAGACGUUUGAGGGCGGGAUCUGUCUCAAUGGGACCUCCCCCUCCUCCCAAAGCCCCACCUAUCAAAGCAGUGACUGACAGCAGCUUCUUGGAGGAACUUCAUGCUGUGGAGGAGGAGCUGGCUGUGUGUAUGGAGCCCUACCAGCCUCUGUCCGAGUCACAGGACGAGGUGGGUCUAAUGGCGUACCGGACUCGGUCCAAGCGUCCCCUACGUGACAUCCCGCUGGGCCGUCUGGAGGCAGAGCUCCGGGCUCCUGACAUCACACCUGACAUGUACGACUCCAGCUCCACCCACGAGGACAGGGAGUGGACUGAUUGGCUGAGAGGGCUAAUGACCUCAGAGAUAGAAAAUGAAGAGGAGUGUGACGAUGAAGAUGAUCCGGAAUACAACUUCCUGGCCGACGUCGAUGAACCCGACCAGGAGGAUUACCGUGACGACAAGGCUGUCCGCAUCACCAAGAAGGAGGUGAACGAGCUGAUGGAGGAGCUGUUCCAAACUUUGAAAGAAGACCUCGCAGGACAGGAAGUGGAAGAUGAAGGCCAUGAGGAAGAGGAGGAGCCUCAGGAGGAGACUCUCACUGUUGAAACACACACACCUGAGGAGCAGCACAACACAGGACCGGGCGAUGACGAGGCGGAGGACGGACCAAUCGCAGGGCGGCGUACGGUGAAGCAGCAGCUGGCGUUGAUCAGGAAGAGACAGCAGCUCGGUCUGCAGACACACACGCUGUGUAACACACACACACACAGCCCAGAGCCGUACACACUGAAGCUGGAGGGCCAGCAGAGGGGCCGCCUGCAGCAGCAGCUUCAGCAGCACAUCCAGCUGCUGACACAGAUUCACCUGUUGAGUUCACCUGUGGCCAAACUUCACAGUGAGGCUGAGACCACCAGACAGUUCCUGUUUGAGCUUGAGCUGUUGGCUCAGAGGGGCGAGCUGCUGAUGUCUUCGGGUCGUCCUGGUUUCUGCAGCGUCUUCAGAGCCUCCAACCUGCAGGGGGCGCUGCAGCUGCUGGAGGAGCUGCGACAGACCCCCAUCAGCUACCAGCCGCAAGACCACCCACCCGACACCAGAGGACACAUGCGUUGUUACCCCGUCAUGCCGGCUGAGCUGGCCUGGCUCUUUGCCACCCGUCCGGUCUUCCUCUACCCAGAGCUGCUACCCUGUGCCAGCCUGGACCCGGCGUUAUACUGCCCCCGCAGGACGGCUGCCUUCACUGCAGCUGAGGACUGCCUCCUGGUUCUCGGGCUCAGGAACAUGGAGGGGUCAUGUGACCCGACUAAGCUGGUGUCUCAGUUCCUGCUGAGGAAGACUCUGGUCCAGGUCCGACGGAGAAUCCUGCAGUGCUGCAGACCUGGUUUCCCUGACAACAUCGUCAAGGCGUUCAGGUACCAGCGGGUUCUGUGGCCGAUGCCGGUGGCCUGCCGUUACGUUAACCCUGCGGAGCAGCGCCCCCCGGUGGAGAGAGAGGAGCGAGUCAUGCCUCUGUGGCUGGUGAGGAGUCUACCAGUCAUAUACCCGACCAUCAAACGCUAUAACAGCCCGUCUGGCUCUGCCCCCGAGGCCCCGCCUCCUCGCAGCUCAGGUGGACCUCGUCAUAGUCAGCUAACCUUCCUCCGCUCUGCCUCAAACACCUACAGCUUCCCCCCCGGGACCAGAUACCCACACCGCCUUCCCAAAAACCUGGACUUCAGACGCAUUGGCUUUGUGCUGCUGCAGGAGCCCCUCCCCCUGACUCCCCCUGACUCCUCCCCCCUCCCUGACACCCAGGUGGACUCCUCCCCCCCACCUCGUUGCCCCCGAGAUCUCAGUCCUCCCCAAGUCCUCCUCCGCCGCUUCCUCCUUUCCAGGACCGACCCCCUCGCUGACGUCAUCACCAGCUCAUCCGACUCCAUGACGACAAGAGAGCGAAUCAGACGUCACUAUCGGAUUCUCACCAGCCUGAAGAGUAGGAGCAAUGAAGAGGCUCCUCCUCCUCCUGAAGAUCCCGCCCCCUCUCAGAUGGAGGUGCAUGAGAGCAAUGAUGUCAUCAGGAUGAACGAUGAGGAGGAGGAGGAACAAGGGGAGGAGAGGGAGGAAGAAGAGGAAGAGGAGGAGAGCGAGGUCUUCCUGGCUCUGUCUGAAUCCUCAUCCAGCUCCACAGGAAGUGUUGCCCUUGACGACGACCUGGCCGAACUCGAGGAGGCGGAGUCAGAGAGUGAACAGGAAGUGACUUGCAGAGCAGCAGCAGAGUCCCUCCUCCUGCCGCAGGAAGCGGACCAGAGGGGGUCUGAGGACAAGAGGGGGUCUGAGGACCAGAGGGGGUCUGAGGAGGAGGUCUUCGCUCAGGAUUAUCUCCUCAGAGUGUGUGAUGCGGUGCAGGGGUCACAGGGCCUCUCAGAGCAGCUGCUGCAGGUGCUGGAUCAGUUCUCGGCAGCGGGGCCCCUGGGGUCCCCGAAGGCUCUGUAUGACGGCCUGAGCUGUGUGCUGCAGCCGUGGCCUCAGCUGCUCAGAGACUUCGCCGCCUUCCUGAACCAAGGACAGGCCCGCCGCUGCGGACUGCUGCCGGAGCAGCAGCUGUUUGAACGCAGUCGGCGGUUUCUGAGGCGACUGGGGCAGAGCCUGGGAGAAGGCUCCGCCCCUUACCAGCAGGUGGUGUCGGUGCUGCAAGGAAGCGCCGCCCCCCCACCCGAUGACAUGGACAAGGUCUCCUCGCUCCUCAAACGCCACCCGGGCCUGCAGGAGGAAUUCUGGGAGUUUUUCCAGCAGCUUCACGGCCAGUCGUCACCCGUAGCAACCAGCUCCGAGACCGCGGAGAGGGACUGCGUUUCCCAGAAUCCUCCUGAUGGGAACGGGAAGAGAGUCGACCGCCAGGCGUCUGAAGAGUGCGAGACAGGAAGUGACCGAGAGGAAGGGGCGGAGUCAGAGCGACCGGUCUGCGCCAAAAACAUCUCGAUGACGUCAACCGGAGAGAAAGUCGUCGUAUGGACCCGGGAGGCGGACCGCGCCAUCCUGACCGCCUGUCAGCAGAGAGGAGCCAAUCGGAAAACGUUCAGACGUGUCUCCGCCCAGCUGGGGAACAAGACCGCCCAGCAGGUGAGUCUCCGUUUCCACGACCUGAUGAAUCUUUUCCACUCCGCCUUCCAAAAGUCCUCGGAGAGCCGGCCAGUCGGCACGCAGGAAGCAGCCCUGGGCUAGUUCCUCUGACCUUCUGCCGGUGUUGGGACGGCAGCUGAUCAGGAUCCAGUUCUCCGGAGCUCCGCUGUUCACUAAAGCUGGUCUCCCUUCGCUCUGGGUUCUCCAGAGAUCCAGAAGAACAUCCGGAUCUGUAGAAUCCGUCAGGACUCUAGAGCUCUCGAUGUGAUCUAGAACGAUGGUCGGCCUUCGUAUUUAAUGAUUAUUUAUUUUUGAUUGAGCUGAUGUCACAGAGACCCGCCCGCUGUGGCAGGGGACGUGGCCUCUGUGAUGUCACAGCGAGGUCAGAAACAAGAAGGAAACACUAAAGAAACGAAGUGACGAGAAGCUGAACUCUUCUUCUGCUGCUUUGAACUUCCUGCCUUUAGUUUUCUCACACCUGAUGGAACACCAGAUCGGGUUCUGCAAGGCCCCCCUGCUGAGAACCAGAGACGCUGCUGGUCCUGUGGAGCGCCACGUGAACUCUGCGUUUCCCUUCACAUUUUCAAACAUCAAACUUUUGCACUGAAAAUGAAAACGGAUGUUAUUCUUUCUGCAGCUGUAAAUCUGUUUCUGUUCGGAGGUUUAGUCUUCCCAUGAUGCACCACCUGAUCCAUCCCAUGGUUCCCAGCGGACUUAUGUUCGUGACGUUCCGUCAAGCUUUUUAUAGGAAAUGUUUGUUUAUCAUAUUGAAUAUGAAUGGAUGAAGGUCGACUGCUUCAAUAAAACAUUUUUACGUUUUUCA